UGCACGUCCAUCCUGCAGAGGCAGAGAGAGGAGCAGCGCGGCAGGAGAGGAGACGGCUGAGCUCUCAGCAGGAGGCCGUGCACGAUACGUUUGCUGUGGUCAGUGCAGUACAAUUUCUAUGACAUGUGGAUAUAAACACACCUAAGACAUGAUGAGUGAAGACAGUACGACAGGACUGCUUUCUGAAAUUCUGUCCAUGGACACGUGCAAGAAAGGCGUUGGCAUCCCCGGACUCACGGGCGCCACUAGCACAAAGACAAGCGGAGUGAAAACAGAUGAGACUGUGGGAGCCACCAUACGUCUGGACCACCUCAGCCCAAAUGAAAUCCAGAACAUCAUGUCCAUCUUAAAGCCGUAUGAUAAAAACCUUACGGUGGAGAUGGAGAAGGAUCCAGAUGCUACCGGUGACCUUGGUAACCUGGGUUUAGACCUUAAAGACCGUUCUGAGAUGCUCCCAAAUAGUUACAAUCUGAAGAAGAACGUGUCACUGGAUGCAUCAGCCAUGGCACCAGAUAUGUCGCUUGAUGGUCCAAGUGGAAGGAUAAACAUGCCAGAGAGGUUUGGGAGUGGCCUAAGUGGUCCCAGUCUGAAUGGAGACCUUCCCAGUUUCACUCUAAACAAGCCUUCAGUUGACAGUGGUGGCACAUUCUCGAUACCGACAACAGGACUGAAUGGAACUAAUGUAAAAGGAGAUCUUGGUGGCACCUUCAAAGCACCGGACUACAACCUGAAGCAGGAUCUGUCACUGGAUGCAUCAGCUAAGGCACCGGGUAUUUCCUUAGAUGGCCCAAGUGGAACGCUAAAUGCGUCACAGGGGUUUGGGGGUAACAUAAGUGUUCCAAAUGUCAAUGGAGACUUUCCCAGCCUUAGAGUCAACAAGCCUUCAGUGGACAGUGGUGCCAAGGUCUCAAUACCCAAGGAAGGACUGACUGUACCAAAAAUUAAAGAAGCAGAUCUUAAUGUCUCUUCUCCAAAGCUCAGCACCCCCAGUGAUUCACUUGGCAUUAAGAAACUAGAGAUCAAGAAAGGUGGAAAGAAAUACAUGCCCCCCAAAUUUACAAUGCCAAAUUUCAAUCUACCGCAAACCCAGGUUCCAACAGGAAAACUGGAUGACAUAGAUGUCAGUGGAGCUAUAGACACACAAUUCAAAGCCCUUGAACUUGACACUAAAAAUCCAGACGUGGCAUUAAAUGGGCCAAAAUUGGAUUUCAGUGUUCCUGAUGCAGAUGUUCAAGCCCCAAAUUUGGACAUUAAAUCCCCAUCUAAAAUUAACUGGCCUCAUUCAAAGAUUAACAAACCAAAACUUCACAUUCCAAUGGCUGAUGCAGCCUUACAUACACCAAACGUUGAUGCGACUCUCCCCAAAGCUGAGAUUGAAAGUCCAGAUUUCGAUGUUGAAGCUUCUGCAGGUAAGAUGAAUUGGCCGCAUCUGAAAUGGAAGAAAGUCAAAGCACCUAAGGCUGACAUAAAUGCAGACAUGAAGCCACUAGACACAAAUCUCUCAGCUCCAUCAUUUGAGGGGAAGAUUAAUGCACCCAAAGCUGAAGUAGAUCUUCCAAAAGCUGACCUUAAAAGUCCUGAUUUUCAUGCUCCAGAUUUGGAUGCUGGUGCUACAUUCGGGAAAAUCAACUGGCCUCAUUUGAAGGCAAAGACUCCGAAAGUUGAGGGUUUAAAUACUGAUAUAGAUGCAGAUCUCAAGUCAGCUGACCUAAAUGCGGGACUUACUUUGCCUAGUGCCCAUCUUGACAAACCGUCCUUGGAUUACAAUGCCCCAAAUUUAGAUGUGGACACACCAUCUGGGAACAUCAAAUUACCAUCUCUUAAAAAGCCCAGAUUCUCGGGGCUUAACUUGAAAAGUCCAAAUCUUGAUGCAGAUGUUUCAACACCAGACUUGGCACCAAAGAUUGAUGGUGACAUCAAUGCUCCACAUCUUGAAACUUCAACUGGGAAGUUCAAAUUGCCACAUUUAAAAAAGCCAAAAGCCCCAGGUUUUAAGGUUAAAAGUCCGGAUUUGAAUACAGAUCUUUCAGCACCAGACUUGAGUCUUAAAGCUCCAAACAUUGAUGGUGAACUUAACUUGCCAAAAGCUGACCUGGAAACCUCCAAAAUAGAUAUUGAUACUCCAGAUUUAGAAACUUCACCUGGGAAGUGGAAAUGGCCAACUUUUAAAAAGCAAAAAGCUCCAGGUCUUAAGGUUAAAAGCCCGGAUUUUGAUACAGAUCUUUCAGCACCAGACUUGAGCCUUAAAGCUCCAAACAUUGAUGGUGAUCUUGAAUUGCCAAAAGCUAACCUGGAAGAUUCCAAAUUAAAUAUUGAUACUCCAGAUUUAGAAAAUUCACAAGGGAAGUGGAAAUGGCCAACUUUUAAAAAGCCAAAAGGCUCAGGUCUUAAGCUUAAAAGUCCAAAUCUAGAUGCUGAUGUUUCAGCACCAGACUUGAGCCUCUCAACUCCACAGAUUGGUGAAAUAAAAGGACCUGAAGUUGAUCCACUGAAACUUGAAUUGGAAGGCCCAAAAUUAGAUGCACCAGACAUUAAGGCUCCAUCUGGAAAAAUAAAAUUCCCCACUCUAAAGAAACCAAAGCUUAGUACCUUAAAAGGACUAAAACAUGACAUUAAUGCUGAUGCAAAGAUCCCAGAUGUGAACCUCAAAGGUCCUAAUAUUAAUAUGGACACCCCAGAUACUAGUCUCUCUCUACCGAAAAUUGACACUCCAGAUUUCAGUGUCACCACACCUGAUAUUCAAGGUCCAGAUAUAGGUCUAAAUAGUGGAGACCUCAAACUUGACCCAAAAUUAAAACUACCAAAUGCUGAAGCCACUGCACCUAAUCUAGAUCUCAAAGCAUCUGGUCCCUCUUUGAAAGCACCUCAAAUACAAGGUACUGCAGAUCUUGACAUGAAUUUGCCAAAAGCUGAUCUCAAAGCGCCAAAGUGGCCCAAAUUUGGCUUUUCAAAGCCUACGGUGAAAGGACCAAACCUUGAUGUUGAUAGUGAUCUCAACGCACCAAAUCUUAGUUUUCCAGAUGGAAAUGUGAAGCUCAGUGGAGCUGAGUGCAACCUAUCUUCACCACAACUUAAUGGAAACCUCUCAACUCCCACAGCUGGUGUGGACGCCUCAUCACUAGAGGCACCAGAAGUACUUGUGAAACCUCCAGCUGUAAAUACAGCUGUUGAAAAGCACAAAUUUCCACAUUUCAAAUUUCCCAAGUUUGGCUUUUCAAACAGUGAAGGUAAUGUGGAAGUAAAUGGUGUUGAUGGCGAAGUGACCCCAUUUAACACUGACGCAGCAAUGCCAAUGUUCAAUGUGCACAAACUGCCAAAAAGCAGCAAUGACGACACUGCAGAAAUUAGUGAUAUGUUUGAGCAACGAAAAAAUGAAAUUGAAGCAAAAGAUUAUCUCAUGCGCAAAGGGGUCUGCUUGCCAGUCCUAAAUGUAAAAAAUAAGACAGGAGAGAAGGUGGACAUUAUGGAGAGACUGAAAAAAGCUAAAGAAAAAGUGCCUAUUUUUAAUGUCUCACCAACAGAAGCAAGAACCAGUCUUGAUGCUGGUGCCGAUACAGGAAUAGAAAAUUCUAGUCUGUCGAUUGGGAACACUUUCAAAGUUGAAAAACCUGAGUGGAACCUGGAACGCCCAAAUAUUUCUACAGAUGAAAAUGAUAAAUUUAAAUAUGGGCUCUCAAACAUGCUUGGUUUGAAUACUGAAUAAAACAGGUUCCUAAUUCAAAUGAAUGUUCACUCCUGAAACUUUGUAAAUACAUGUAAAAAGUGAAAAUCUUGUGACUAUGAAGACAUAAUCACAAGCUUGAAAUCAUUUUUAAUUGUCUGCAGUCAUUGCCAGCUAUGCUUUCCUUCUUGUAUAAUGACAUUAGGUAAUCUCAUGAAGACAUCUGUUUUUGUAAGUGCUUUGUAUAUUCAUGUUAUUUAUAUUGGCUUAUUCUAAAGUUGAUUUGGAAGUAUGAUAAAUAACUGCCUCAGUAUUGCAUGUGAUUGUAUUCAGCUUCUGUUUCUUAUAAAUGCAAUAUUUUUACAAACUAUACAUUUAUGUGUGAGUAAAUAUAUAAUCCUUUGUUCAAUAAACAAGAUAAAACACCA